AUGAGUUCUGGUGUUAUCAGCUCAUCUAAUGAUAAAAAAUGUGAAACUAGGCAGUUCUAUGAGGUUACUGAGCGAGAAAAGCAUACAAAUGAUGACACAUACUCUAUAACUUCCACCUUCUUUAAGCUCAAAGAAAACGAAAUAAUAUCUGCUCAGUUUGAUUCCUUGAAAUAUAAAAUUCUACUGAUAAUUACCUCUUUUUUAUGUGGAAUAGGCCUUAGUUUAGACUACACACUUCGAUCAACCUAUACGGGCUAUGCCACGAACUCAUAUUCAGAACACUCCUUACUUUCAACUGUCCAAGUUGUUAAUGCUGUUGUAAGUGUCGGAUCCCAAGUUGUAUUCUCUAGACUCUCUGACUACUUCGGAAGACUAAAGCUCUUUUCCAUUGCAACUAUUUUUCAUAUAAUGGGAACUAUCAUCCAAUCACAGGCGACCUCUCUUACCAUGUAUGCAAUAGGGUCAGUUUUUUAUAACUGUGGAUACGUCGGCGUUAAUUUGCUCCUGAUCCUAAUACUUUCCGAUUUCUCAUCCUUGAAGUGGAGAAUGUUUUACCAGUAUACCUCAUAUUGGCCGUACAUUAUAAUACCAUGGAUUUCAGGUAGUAUCAUCACUGCUGCAAAUCCUGAAAAAAAUUGGUCCUGGAAUAUUGCGAUGUGGGCUUUUAUUUACCCAUUGUCUGCUUUACCAAUUAUGUUUCUUAUCCUUUAUAUGACAUACAAAUCUUCGAAAACCCCUGAGUUGAGGUCUCUUAAAGAACAGGCUAGAAAGGAAAAAAUCAGUGGAUUAUUUCGAAAUUUGAUGUUUCUAUUUUGGAAGCUAGACGUCGUCGGCAUAGUACUAAUAACUGUGUCCCUAGGGUGCGUACUUGUUCCGUUGACAUUAGCCAAUGAAGUAUCGCAAAAAUGGCAGAAUCCAAAAAUAAUUGGCACCUUAGUCGUAGGUGGCUGUUUAUUUGUCAUUUUUGUAUUUUGGGAAGCAAAGUUUGCCAGAGCUCCUCUUCUGCCGUUCAAAUUACUAAGUGAUCGAGGAAUUUGGGCGCCCCUUGGCGUUACCUUCUUUAACUUUUUCACUUUUUUCAUUUCAUGUGACUAUUUGUAUCCAGUUUUGCUUGUAUCUAUGAAAGAAUCAUCCACUUCCGCAGCUCGGAUAGUAAAUAUGCCUGAUUUUGUAGCUGCAACUGCGUCUCCAUUCUACAGCUUGUUAGUGGCAAAGACGAGGAAACUGAAACUUUCUGUAAUCGGAGGUUGUGCUGCAUGGAUGGUAUGCAUGGGCCUCUUUUACCAAUACAGAGGUGGAACUGGGUCUCAUGGAGGUGUUAUCGCUGCUUCUAUUAUCAUGGGUUUGAGCGGUCUCCUAUGCAGCAAUUCAGUGAUCGUCAUACUGCAGGCCAUGACUACGCAUAAUAGGAUGGCUGUAGUAACGGGGAUCCAAUAUACCUUUUCAAAAGUUGGUGCUGCUGUCGGUGCGUCUGUUUCGGGCGCUGUAUGGACACAAACCAUGCCUAACCAACUCUACAAGCAUCUUGGCAACGAUACAUUGGCGGAGGCUGCAUAUACAUCACCUUAUACAUUCAUUAAAAAAUAUCCAUGGGGUUCACCUGAAAGAAAUGCUGUGGGUGAAUCGUACAAAUAUGUUCAACGUAUAAUGAUGACAGUUGGUUUGAUAUGCACCGUACCGUUCUUUGUGUUUACAUUAUUCAUGAGAGACCCGGAACUAAUAGACAAGGCUACGCAUGAAGAGUUCACUGAAGAUGGUUUGGUUGUCUUGCCUGAUCAGGAUAACAUUUUCUCUCAAAUCAAAGCGCUUUUUAAACGUAGUCGAAGUAAUAAGGAAGUAGAGGGCUGA